UCGAUCGCUAUUUUGUUAUGGUAAUUAAAAUGCCGGAAAACUUCGCAGUAUCAUUGGUUUAUAGCAUUUCUUAAUAGUUCUAAUUAUAUUCCUGAAUUACUGAGGGAUAUUAUUACUAUGAAUGUGUCGACAGAAAAUGUCUCAUACAUCAUACCGUUGGAAGAACUGGAUCUCUUACAUCUCCGGAAAUAUAUGGAUAGGCCAAGAGAUAGGCCGAUGAAGUUAUGGUCUAAAUCAAAAUUGAAUGGUGAUUCGGAGUACUGUGAGGUCAAAAUUGUGUCUAAAAAAGUCAUGGGGAACUCUGAUAUUAGUUGGUCUGUGCCCACACAAACAUAUCUAUGCCACAUUUGCGACGUCCAAGUACCAAUCGCGGGUCGUCUGGCUCACUCAGAGAGCGCACAACAUUACCUAUACAAAAACAUAUGUAACACAGCCCUCAGAAGAAUAAAGAACCACAUGAAUACCGAAGAAAUCAUGAAUACUGAAAAAAUACAUGAUGCUGAAUAUUUUUGUGAAGUAUGUUCAAAAAUAUUCCUAUUGAAAGAUAAACUAAAACAUGAAUCGUCAACUGAACAUAUGAAUUCCUUGGAAAAUUUUGUUUUAUUGAAUAAAUUCAAUAAUUUAUUCGAUAAAGAUACCAAAGGUAAUGAAAUGAACGAUGAUAUGGAAAGUGUGAAAGAUAAUUAUGUUAAUGACAGUGAUGAAGAUUCUAAUGCUGUCCGUGAAACAAGGGAAAUAAUUACUGGUAAUAACGAUGAUACCAUAAUUAAGUUUAAUAAUGAUAAUGAAUGUAACGGAGUUGCAACUAAUGAAGUUGAUUGUCAGCAUCACGAUGAUCCUGAUAAUGAUGAAAAGAAAGUAAACAAAAACAAUAAUGACUACAACGGAGAUAUAACUGACACAGAAAAUAACCAACAUAACGAAGACUCAGAAAGCAAAGAUGAGAACAAAAUGUAUUUUUCUAAAUAUUAUGAACAAGAAAUAGCUAAAUGUAUUGAAAAGAAUACACUUGAACCUGUUGAAAAUCAAAUUAAUAUUGACAAUCAAGAUGUUGAUCAAGAGAAUAAAACUGACUGUGAUUAUACACAUGACAGUGAUGACAAUUAUAAAUCAUCAAAUGAGUUACUGAAUAAAAUUAAAAAGGCUCACGACAAAAUUAAUGAUCAAAAUAUAGAAAUCACUCGCCGAGCUGUUUCCCUAAAACAAAAGUUUCUAGAUUUUAAAAAUUAUCUAGAAAAAUCUUCUGUAACUCUAAGCCAAGAAAAUAAUAUUCAAAACGCUUUGAGCAAUAUUAAUAACAACGAAUCUUGUUCAGAUUUAAAAAAGAAAUCAAAAUCAAAAUUUGAAGAUCAAAAAUUCAUCGCAGCUACUACGACUAGCAAUUUAGCAAACAUACAACAGUUGGAUAUAAAAAUAUCCCCGGAGACACUGAAUUUUGAGAAUUAUUUAAAGACAAUAAUGAAUAAAUACAAUUUAAAUGCUAAAAUUGAUACGGACGGAGACUAUGUGAUUUUGGAAAAUAUAAAAAGUGUGAAAUUUAAAGUUUUACAGCAAAAUUUUCACAGUUACAAAGUGAUAUGUAGCAAGAUUUAUUGUCAGUUGUGCAAGUAUUGGAUUCAGGAUUUUGCUACGAGUCUCAAUACUCAUGAAAUGUCUGAACAGCAUGUGAAACUUGUACUAUUGCCGGUUAACGAGUAUUUUUUCAGGGAGCUCACCGCAAACCAAAAUCAAGAUCGACAACCCGGCCACUGCAUAGUUUGCAACGAAGCUGUACUACUCGAUUCACAAUACCACUUGCAAAGCGCAACUCACCAAUCAUCAACUGCUAAAUCUGUUAUACCAAAACCAAUCAAGUCAGUAAAAUCUCCCGUCCUCUGUUUAUUUUGCAACAUACACGUAGAAUUUCCAAAUUACUACCAACAUUUAAACUCGAGGAAACAUAUAAAAAUUGCUCGCAUUAAGAAUCAUAUAUUUAAAAGAGAUGUCGACGUAUAUACUUGCAAUCUAUGCAAGGUCGUGCUGAAUGGCAGUGAUUUAAUAGAACAUAUCAAUGACGUAUCGCAUUUGGAUAAAUUAGAACAAAUGUCUUCGGAGAAAGAGUUCUGUAAAACUUACGGGUUUAAGGUUCAAAAUGAUUUGACAGGCAAACCGUAUCAGUGUAAGCAAUUUUUCUCAGAUACCACUAAUAAAAAUUAUGUUAAAGUGGACUCUGGGUCUAAAGAUUCUUUAAAUUUAACCGAUUAUAAGUCGUAUUUGAAAAGCAUUGAUGAGAAUUUAAUGCUGUGCACUGUAUGCAAUGUUGAAUUAAAAAAGAAGAAAUCUAAAAUCGUUAAACAUAUGUCAAGCAAAGAACAUAUAGAUCUCGAAAAAAUGCAGCUGUAUAUGUUAUUCAUACGUUUCUGCGAGCCAAGACAUAUAGUCGAAUGUGAAAUCUGUCCUUUAGAAUUUCGCAAUAAAAAUGAAAUCAUAAUUAAACAUAUGGAAAGUGAAGAACACGAAAUGUAUGAAACUUCACUAUUCGAGUUCCAUGGCAUUGUGAAAUAUUAUCGCAGCUACAAUUGUAGCUAUUGCGAUAAGAAAGUGAUUGAUGUAAUCGGCCAUAUUUAUAGCAAAUACCACAUUUUGACAUUGCAAAUUGAAAAGCAAUUUAACAAAGAAGAAAUGAUCAAGUAUUUGUACGAAAGACGUGCAGUGAAUCCACGGGCGAUGAUAUACGAAAAAUUAUAUACUAACUUUGUCACACAUAAUUGCGUAACAAAAGCAGAUGUGCACACUUUUCACUGUAGACUGUGUAAUAAGUAUUUCAAGCGAGUGAAUGAGAUACACCAUAUUUUGGGAAACCGACAUUUUAAUAAUAUAAAUAGUUAUCUAAAAGAGCUAAAAGCCCACCAAAGAAACCAAUAAAGUGUACACAUUGAAAAGUAACGAUGCAAAAUAUCUUCUAAAAAGAGGAUAUUUAUAACGAUUUCUUGUACAGCUUGGCAAAAAAGAGUUUGGCGCUGGAACUAAUAUUCAUUUGUACUGAACUAUCCAUUUCGAACCAUACAUAUCUCAUGAGUAAAUCAUUCGAAAAUAGUACCUCCUCAUUUUACAUUCAAUAAAAAUGAAAAAUAUCAAAACCGGUUGCGUCGUAGUGUAACAGAUUACCAAAAGUACGAUAGACAAUAGCGACCUCAAUUAUUGCCAACUCUUUUGCCAAGCCACGCUAGUCGCGCCAUCUAUACUCUUUAUUUGACGUAUGGAAACUUGUUUCAAAGACAAACUGUUCUAUGAAGACCAUGUUUUUUAAAUAUUAUCAGUAGUUUAUGGAAACUUUUUUUUAAUUCUUUUAUGUAGGUAUUAUUUGUUUUCAAUUAUCUUACUGUAUAUUUAGUGCAGUAUACACAGCUACACAGCGAGCUUUACAUAACCAGUAUAAACUGAACGUUAAAUGUGCGGAAAGAUGAUGCGAUGCGACACCAGGAUAAACUGGUUUUGUAUAGAUUGAUGUGUGGCCGUGGGUACACUUAUUCACCAAAACUACGGAAUAAAAUUAUCCUUACUAAUAUUAUAAAUCGGAAAGUGAGUCUGUUUGUUUGUUUGUUCCGCUUUUACGCCG